GUCCAAGAAAAGACAUAUAUAUAUAUACGUUGUACCAAUUUUGAGGUCUGCAUCAAAUUUGGUCAUCCGAAAACUGAUGAAUGAUGAUGCUGCAAAAUCUUGGUUUUUUUCUCCACCAUUGCGCCAAAGCCAAGGCAUUAAGAAGUGGGAUUUCUUUCCACGCUGCAGCUAUCAAGAUAGGACUAGUAGCAGACACUUCCAUCUGCAAUCACAUUCUCAAUUUCUACGCCAAAUGUGGACUUCUUCACCCAGCCCACCAGAUGUUUGACGAAAUGCCGCACAGAAAUUUGGUCUCGUGGUCCGCCAUGAUAUCUGGCUAUAACCUUUGGGGCAGAUCCCGUAAAGCGCUUCAACUCUUCAGCAAUAUGCAGAGGCAUUUUAAGCCUAAUGAUUCAGUAUUCUCGAGCGCUCUUAGCUCCUGCGCCAGCUCAAGGGACUCGAAUCUCGGGCAGCAAAUUCAUGCGUCCGCGUUAAAGCUCAACUAUUGUUCUGUUAGUUUCGUUGUUAAUUCACUGAUUUUGGUGUACAUGAAAUGCGGCAUGUGUGCUGAUGCACUAUCCGUUUUUAGUAAUAGCAGUUUUGUUCACCCAACUCUAGUUUCCUACAACAUUGCAAUCACUGGGCUAGUGGAUAACAAGCUGUUCGAGAAGGGAAUGGAGUUGUUUGUGAUUCUUUUAAGACGGGGUCUGCUUCCGGACCGGUUUACUUUUGCGGGAUUAUUAGGCGCUGGUGAAGCCUUAUAUGGUUUAUCAAUGGUUCUGCAACUGCACUGUCAAAUGGUGAAGCUCGGGCUUGACUGUAUGUCGUUUUCUGGGAAUGUUCUGAUGACAUUCUACUCCAAGUUUAGUUUGUUUCAAGAAUCCGACAAGGUGUUCAGGGCCAUUUCGAAAAGAGAUGUCUGUUCCUGGAAUACUAUCAUUUCUGAUUGUUGCCACUGUGAUGAUCACUCGAAGGCUCUGGAUGUUUUGAGAGAGAUGGACCUGGCUCCAGAUGAUUACACGUAUGCUAGUGUGCUUUCGGCAGCUGCUAACAUGGCCUCCGUGAGAAUUGGCAAACAGAUUCACUGCCGUCUGAUCAGGACAGGGCCGGAUUGGGAUGUUGGCGUUGGAAAUGCACUUGUCAACAUGUAUGCUAAGUGCGGAAACAUUACCUCAGCAUACACUGUCUUUGAGCGAAUGGAGAUUCGCACUCUUAUAUCUUGGAACACCAUCAUUGCUGCGUUUGCAAAUCACGGCCACGCUGAGAAAGCUAUGGCACUGUUCGAGGAGAUGAAGAGAGCAGGUGUGGAGCCAGACUCCAUCACAUUUCUUGAACUGAUGACUGCUUGCAGUCACUCUGGGCUUGCUGAUGAGGGCCGGAUGGUGUUUGACUCUAUGAGCAGACUUUACGGAAUAAGCCCUGGAAUCGAGCAUCUGUGCUGCCUCGUUGAUCUGCUAGGGCGAUCUGGGAGGUUAAACGAGGCUGAAGAAUGUAGUGAUGAUAAACAGUUGAGAGAUGAAGUUGUUUUGGGAUGUUUACUUUCUGCAUGCCGACUGCACGGAGAUGUUGGUGUUGGGGAACGGAUAGCUAAGAGGCUCGUAAAACUCGGUCCUCUUUCAGCAGCUUCACCUUAUGUUCUGUUAUCCAACUUAUACGCCAUGAAUAACAACUGGGAUGCUGUUUCGAGGUCGAGACGAUUGCUGAAAGAUGGAGACAUGGAAAAGGAGGCUGCUCGAACAUCCAUAUAUUUGUCCACUUUUAGUUAAAAUGCAAAAGCAAAUAGAUUUACAUGUGAAUAUGAAGUUGGGGAUGAAUCCAAGUUGGUUUAGGUGUGUGUGGAUGGAUGAGGGACAUAUGCUUUUUGAUACUAGAGCAAGGCUCAAGUUGUGACCAUUACUUACUUGUUGCAUAAUUUAAUUUGUUACUAUUAUAGUAAUAUUAA